ACCGAAGCAGCAGUAACCUUUACAGGUCGAGCGAGUAAUGAUCGGCCUCCAAAGAGCAACCGCGGACGUCGAAAACAUUUUUCAGAGUCCACUUCAGAUUUGCAACUGUUGCGGGAGGGCGGGAAUGGUUGCCAACUCUAAGUGCUACACUGAGCUGCCCAGCUCCUACAACUGCCGUACACAUCAGGGCCUUACAGAACACAACCCACAACUGCAGGUCCUGCAGGGAGCACCACCCCCACCUGCCUAUGCUCCAGUAAAACAACAGCUACCGAUGAUGGCCAAGGACUUUUGUGGACUUGCAGCCCUAGUGACUCCCUUAAAAACUUGGUACUUUGAGGUGAAAGUCGUCAGCUAAAAACUCUUGUCGUUUUGCAG